CUCGGCCCGAAGAAAAACCACACAAGACUUUUGAGAAAACAUUAAACAAAGUAAAACGGAAAACCCUAAACGCAGGAACCCAGGGAGUCGUUGAUUCAUCCGAUUCGCAGCCGUCUUCACUCUUUCAAGGUCCAGAUAUUUUGAUGGAGUUCUCGUAGUAUCAUCUUGCGGGCCGCACAUUGAUUGGAACUCUGAGUUCCUUACUCGGUUGCGAGUUUUCCUUCUUUUGCGAAUAGGCAACUUUCAUCAACCAGCAUUUUGUUGUCAACAGUGUUAUGGCAUCAGAGCUUCGUUCGAUCUCAGGUUUAUUGUCUUGAAUAAAAUGAUGGAUUUCUUAUUAUUUAUGCGAGUUAGACUGGACAUUUAAUUCAUUUCAUGAAUAUUAGAGAGCCUGACACACAAUCUGAGAGACCUACUGGGUGUAAACAGGAAAGAAUUGUGAUUGAGAAUAUAUGGGAAGAUAGAGCAGAGCCCAACGAUGGCGUGGGGCUGCAGAUGACCCUCUUAUUCUUCUCUAGCCGUGCCUACAGGCUUCGAACCUCCAACUUCUCCAUUGCUCAGUUUUAUAGCCUUGCAGAUUCAGUAUCACGCGCUCGGCCUUUUUGUGAUAGAGAGUUGAACCCUUCAAUCGCUUUUGAGGUUAUUAAGAGGUUUAGUGAUCCCUUAUUGGGUUUGAAGUUUUUUGAGUUUAGUAGAACACACCUGAGCAUUAACCAUACCUUUAAUACCUAUGAUUUGCUCAUGAGGAAUCUCUGUAAAGUGGGUCUCAACGAUUCUGCAAAAAUUGUUUUUGAUUGCAUGAGGAGUGACGGGAUUUUGCCGGAUAGUUCCAUUUUAGAACUCUUGGUGUCUUCAUACGCUCGAAUGGGGAAGUUAGAUUCUGCCAAAAAUUUUCUUAAUGAAGUUCACUGUUAUGGUAUUAAAGUUAGUCCUUUUGUGUAUAAUAACUUGUUGAAUAUGUUGGUCAAGCAGAACCUAGUAGAUGAAGCUGUCUUACUAUUCAGGGAGCACUUGGAACCAUAUUUCGUUCCAGAUGUUUACAGCUUCAAUAUUUUAAUUAGAGGAUUGUGCAGAAUAGGAGAAAUUGAUAAGGCUUUUGAGUUUUUCCAGAAUAUGGGAAAUUUUGGUUGCUUUCCUGAUAUUGUUUCGUAUAAUACGCUUAUAAAUGGGUUUUGUAGGGUCAAUGAGAUUAGUAAAGGGCAUGAUUUGCUAAAAGAAGAUAUGUUAAUAAAAGGGGUUUCCCCAGAUGUUAUAACCUAUACAUCGAUUAUAUCAGGCUAUUGCAAAUUGGGUGAUAUGAAGGCAGCUUCUGAGCUUUUUGACGAGAUGGUUAGUUCUGGAAUCAAACCCAACGACUUCACUUUCAAUGUCCUCAUUGAUGGUUUUGGCAAGGUUGGAAACAUGAGAUCUGCUAUGGUCAUGUAUGAGAAAAUGCUUCUUCUUGGCUGUCUACCAGACGUGGUUACAUUCACUUCCCUGAUUGAUGGCUAUUGCCGGGAAGGUGAAGUGAAUCAAGGUUUGAAGCUCUGGGAGGAGAUGAAAGUAAGAAAUCUGUCUCCAAAUGUGUAUACCUAUGCUGUGCUCAUCAAUGCUCUCUGUAAGGAAAAUAGAAUACGGGAGGCAAGAAAUUUUUUGAGGCACUUGAAAUCGAGUGAGGUUGUUCCCAAACCAUUUAUAUAUAAUCCCGUUAUUGAUGGGUUUUGCAAGGCUGGAAAGGUGGAUGAGGCAAACUUCAUAGUGGCUGAGAUGCAGGAGAAGAAAUGCAGGCCAGAUAAAAUAACAUUUACCAUUCUUAUUAUUGGCAACUGUAUGAAAGGGAGGAUGGUGGAGGCAAUUAGCACUUUCUAUAAGAUGAUUGAGAUCAACUGUGUUCCAGAUGAAAUUACUAUUAAUUCUUUGAUAUCUUGCCUUCUGAAGGCUGGAAUGCCUAAUGAAGCCUCUCAAAUCAAACAAGCUGCUUUACAGAAGCUCAACUUGGGUUUGUCAUCGUUAGGAAGCCCGCUUACAAGAAAAUCUUCACGUGUGCCAGUUGCUGUUUGGUGAGGUCUAUUGUGUAGUGGACUAAGAAUUUUCGGCCUGCAACUAUUUGGAAGUGUUCGCCUGUUCUGUGCCAGAUUACAAAAUAAGCAAGUGAAGGAUGAGACAAGUUGACUACUAAUAGACGGCCAGUACUAGUUCGAGUUCUCACGUAAAGGGUUUAAAGCUCGCUGUCUGAAUCCCAGCCACAAUGAUUACCAUACUAUUUCAUGCUGGUCAUAGGCCAAACCUUUGGAGUUCUGAUUGAAAACCAAUCGAAGAGGGAGUUGUGCUGAAGCCGGUUUGGAUACGUUAGUGAGGGGAAGACCAUUAGGCCAUAUUCUUCGUGGGAUUGAUGGCAUUUGUUCUCGGACGUUAUUAUUGUUACCAUUGGCGGUGAUUCAGUGAAGAAACGGAGACGAGCUUAGAUCAAGCGAUUAGUUUUGGUCAUGUACAGGCCUUUUCAAAUUAACAUAAAAUAAAUGCAAGGAUUAUCAUAUUUCUUGAGUUGACUUGAUUCAGCUUGAGUGGAAUACCCUGCUGUUAUGUAAACUUUAAUUAUAGCAUAACAAUUCUGUGGUCGUGUCUGGUGCAGUAAUUAUGAAUUCGUGUCUGAAACUGAUGGAUUGAUUCAACAUGUUAUGUGGAUUUGUGGAAUUUCUAGACCUGAACGAUCUAGAAUUAACAUGGAUGAAAGUAAAAGUUGAAGCCAAUGUGGUAGCGAAUACUUAUGCUUAAUAUAAUAAACAGUCAAGAGGCUGGGUUUCUUUUGUUGA